AUGCAGAAAACGCUUGCAGUCCCUCCGGCAUCUGCCUCACCGGUUAAGGAGCCGCCACCGACCAACGUCAGGCUUGAUGCCUGGAAAAAGUCGAUUGAAGGCAACAAGGUUAAGCGCUUCAACAACUACCAGGAACGGCGGUCGGAGUCAGAGAAACUUCGGGAUCAGCUAAAGUCCCAGGACAUUCCAGAGGAGCAAAAAGAGUGCAUCAAACGCAACUAUGCUGCUCAACAGGAUGCAUAUUGGAGAGACAGCCGCAAAGAAAUAACUAUUGGCGACUUCGAGCUGCUGAAGGUCAUCGGCACCGGUGCCUUCGGUAUAGUCAGGCUGUGUCGCCACAAGGGCACCGGAGAGAUCCGGGCCAUGAAGCAGAUGAACAAGAAAGAGAUGGUCUUUAAGAACCAGGUCCACCACGUGCGUGCCGAAAAGGAGGCACUCAGCUCGGCCAAGGACGAUUGGGUUAUUGGGCUGCACUACACGUUUCAAGAUGACCAGUAUCUGUACAUGGUUAUGGAUUACCUGCCUGGUGGAGACCUCAUGACCCAUCUGAUGCGCAAGGACACCUUCUCGGAGGAGGAGACACGGUUUUACAUUGCUGAACUUGUGGAGGCCAUUGAUUACAUCCACACGAAUUUGCACUACAUUCACCGCGACAUUAAGCCGGACAACAUCGUCUUUGACAUUGAUGGUCACAUUCACCUCCUCGACUUUGGCUUGUGCAAGUACCAGCCCCCGGAGCCUGCCCAGGGUGAAGGUGUUCCUACUGGCAGCAGUGCAGACAGCCAGAGCAGCCCUUCGUACAGACGUGCAAGGCAUCCUCCUCGAGAAAAGAUGCAGUCGGUAGUGGGAACGCCCGACUACAUGGGACCAGAGGUCUACAAGAAGGCACCAUAUGGAAAGGAGUGUGACAUGUGGUCGCUGGGGAUCAUCAUGUUCGAGAUGCUCUUCGGUGGUCCGCCGUUCAGCGAUGAGCGACACGACCCAUCAGUGACAUCUGCCAGAGUUAUGCACUGGCGGAGAUGGUUCCACAUACCACCAGAUCCGCAUGUCAGCUCGGAGGCUCGCGAUCUCCUCAAAGGCCUCAUCUGCGAUCCCACCGACCGUUUGUCAGCAGAUCAGAUACGAGUGCAUCCCUUCUUUCAAGGCCUGGACUUCAAACGGCUUCGCAGCAUGGCCCCGCCCAUCAAGCCGAUUGUCAAAGGUCCUCUUGACACGUCCAACUUCGAUGACUUUCCGGGUGCUGAUGACAAGUUCAUGGUUCCGGCCGAAAGACACAAGGUGACUGGCGAUAAAACGUUGCUGGCAGCGUUCCACGACUAUGGCUACCGGCGCGACUUGGAGGCGAAGAAGCCUUCAAUCACGGCGGCACUCAGUUCAGCCAGCGUCGUGGUUAUGCAGGAGGCAUCAGCACCCAGCGGAUUGGUUCAGAGCCAGGCACCUCCCAUGCGGCCUGCACACGCACAGCAAGGACCUCCCCAACACAGCUUUGUGGCGAAUCGAGGCAAGCAGCCAGCCAAGAGUUCAAUGAGCCCAGCGAUACCAGGCAGUGUGCAACAGUGUGCACAAGGCUGCAGUGCUGCAAGCGCAUGCGCCUUCUGCACGGUCCUGGCCUUGCUAGCACCUGUGACCGCCUUUCAGGCGUGGAGGGCAAGAUUGGCGGUGGGAUGCUUUCGACGUGAACGAUGCGAUCUUCGCACCCGCGUCAUCAGGCUUGCUCAGGAAGGAUCACCAGAAGAUGAUGCAGAUACGGCAGACACUGAAAUUGCAGAUUCGCAGGAUUGGCAAGAAUUCCGUGCACGGCUGGUGCAGCAAGAGCAGGGAGCUGGAGCAAAUGCAGAUGCAAUCUCGCAGAAGAAGGCGGAGCAAUGGGCCUACGAGAUGCCCGUUAUAGAGCAGGGAUCCAUCCUGUUGUCCGCACCGAAUGAUCAUUUUGCCAUCAAUCAGCAAUACUUUCACAAGAAUGUCAUUUUUCUUGUGACACACACUGAUGACUUUACGAAGGGGGUCAUUCUGAACAGACCCACGGCUUUCAGCACCGCUGACGUGGAGACUCAGUUCAAAAACCUUGUGAAUUUCUCUCAUGAAGGAGCAGAUGACUGGAAUGUAUGGUGUGGUGGUGACUGCCAAGGCAUCAACGAGCGCGAGGAUAUCCCUCCCGAAUAUUCCGUUCUGCAUGGCUUGAAGUCGCUGGCAGAUCGCAGUGAAAAGAUCACUCAGGGAGUAUACUCGAUAGGCCUUGAAGACGCCAAGAAGCUCGUAGCCACCGGAGAGGCAGACAAGGACGACUUCUUGCUGCUUGUUGGCUACUGUGGUUGGAGUCCUGGGCAAUUGCAGGGUGAACUAGACCGUUCCAAUACAUGGACAAUGGCCUCUAUAGAUCCGCGAACGCUUCUAGGCGAAUUAAGAACGGCCCAGUCCAGCUUGCGCAAACGCAUCGAACAGGCAUCGAGUGGUGACGUCUUCACCGCAGAUGACGUCGGGGAUGGCAUUGAGAUGUGGGAAAGACUGUACACAGCCCUGGGGCCAAAGUAUGAACAAAGCCUCGCAGACUUCAAUUCGACAGGUGACAAUGAACACACUGACGAGAUGUUGCGACGCUGGAUCAACCGGUGCCUUAUCCCGACCAGGUACAGCCCCGAGCGUCCAGAGUCUGAGGUCGUUAAAGGCUUGCAGAAUGCGUUAAAGUCUGCCAAGUCGGGCACUCUCAGCCAUGGAACGGUGUUGCGCGGCUCAGCCACCGCUUGGCUGCUUGGCUCCAGUCUGCUACUUGGCAAACCUGCAGAAGACACUGCCUUCGACCUGAGACGCUUUUUGCCAGCCCAGUACUUCCACAAGUCCGUGGUGGUUUUGAUCAAGCCGGAGGACUCCGAAAGGAGUGAGUCGGGUGUGGCCAUGGUCGCCCUCCUCAACGGGCCGGCCUUGGGCCGUGAAGGGGGCGGACCUGUCUACUGGGGCGGCCCACAGGGUCCGGACAUCAAGCUGCAAGGCAGCGACGAACAGUUCCGCGGCUUCACGAUCCUCUUCCCUGGCAUGCUGGAACGCCUCCUGGAGCUAGGAGCCUUCGAAGUGACCGACGUCGACGUCCGUGAGGUCGUCAAAGUUCCCGUGGACGAGCGCUGGCAGUUUGCAGGCGGAACAAUCGACAGCCUUGCGGAUGCCAGGUCUGCAAAUCUGGGUGAUGUGCAAAGGGAGAAGUGGUUCAAGCGAUUCAUCUUCAACGAGGCCAGGGCUGCUAGGAUUACCACCGCGCCGGAUGUCGGAUUGGAAAAGGCAAGCACUGCCAGGCAUCGGGAUGUGUCCUCCCUCAUCUCUCAGAUUCCUGACGGCAUGAAGGGGCCUGCGCAGUGGUCUUCAAGUCCGUAUGCACCAGCCUAUGCCGGCUACACAGGCCCUGCGAAUCCACAGCUACAGGCUUACUGCCCUGCUUCGGCCAGUGGGCCGAGGCCGCCUCUUCAAGCGAUGCCGGUUGGCUUCGUUCCGGGGGCUUCCUGCCAGGGAACUGUCCUCACGUCACAGGUGCCACUCGCAGCACCUCUGGGACACCCCGUGCCACAGGUCAGCGCAGUAAACCACGUCGACGUUGCUCCGUUCUGCCUGCCUCGGGCUGGACAUCCGAGUGCUCCGUGA